AUGGGCGCCGCCACGAGCACGCCGGCGUCCAACGGCGACCCCGAUGGCGCCACCACCUCCGCCUGCCCCGUGCCCCCGGCCGCCCGCGGCGCCGCUGUCUACAACGUCUACAACCAGAGGGUGGAUGGCGCCACGGGGGGCGGCGGCGUGCUGGACCCGCGCAACAAUAUGCCGCUCCAGCCGAGCAACAGGCCGUCGCCGGGGCAGAGGGCGCCGCUGUCGGCGGCCAGGGAGGUGUCGAUGAUCCCCAAGGGCGGCACGGACGGCACGUGGCUGUACCCGUCGCCGCAGAUGUUUUACAACGCUCUGAAGCGCAAAGGGAAAAUGGAAGGGGUGACUGAAGAUGUCAUGGACUCUGUGGUGCAUGCACACAACACUCUGAAUGAAGCAACUUGGAGGCGUGUGAGAGACUGGGAGCAUCUGCAUCAGGAGUGUGGCAACCCGAAGUUGCUCAGAUUCGUUGGGCGACCAGACAGCCUCAGUCCGCAUGCACGCGUGAAUAGCUGGAUGGGUGGGGCACUCCCUUUUGACCGGCAUGACUGGUUUGUGGACCGCUGUGGAAAAGAGGUCCGUUAUGUGAUCGAUUUCUACUUCGCUGACGAAAAGGCAGGCACUCCAGAGGCUUUUGUUCUGGAUGUUCGACCCGCCCUAGACUCGUUUGGAGCCGCACUUGACCGCAUCAAGAUGACGAUCUACAGCACCUUUGCUGCAUAUGGUCUGCCAUGCCCUGUGACGGGUCACAAACGAGCCGACGCUGAGCCAGCCGGCGCUCUGGAGCCGUCCGUUCAGCAGACCGCAUAUGGGAAAUGA